AGCAUGACAGUUUUAAACUAGAAGGUACAGCUUUACAAACAAAAUAGAUUACUAAAAGGGCAACAAAUUCAGAAUCUGUGUUUUAAUAUCCGUUCAACAGUGUGAGAUAAAAGUACCCACAAGAAACUUGAGCAAAAAGUUUCACGCUCUAUGAAAGCUGAGAAUUUUGACACUGUCCCUAAACAUAACACAGGAACUAUAGCUUUGUUUCUUUCUUUCCCUGGAUGAGCACGGAGUCUAAGGGAGGACGUUAAAGCUGGAUUUGUAGUUUUCAAAACUUUUGAAGUUGUACUCCCACAAGAAAACGGUUUCACUUUUCAGAGAUUUUUAACUUGUAUUCCUGUUUUCUUCAUGUGUAUGGAGAGUGUUAAAGAAAAGUGACCGAGUACAGGAGAGGAAUUAGUGAGCUGAGCGUGUGAUGUGAAACAUGGCAAGGCUGAAGAUUCGAAAACUGCAGAUCUACUGUCUGUGUUUAACAGCUUUUUUCUUCCUUCUCAUGACUCUUCAGGUUGUGCUUGAACUUGGUCAAUUUGAAAACAAGAAAACCACAAUGGGAAUUAGAGAUGAUCAGUCUGGGAAACUUGUGAAGAAAGGAUAUGAACAUUUGUAUUCAGAGUUGCUUCACAAGCAUGAACUUCUCAACAAUGAAAACAUUUUUAGUAGUAAUAACAAGUAUCCAAUCAUGCUCUGGUGGUCACCACUGACUGGUGAAACUGGAAGGCUUAGCUCCUGUGGAACAGAUACAUGUUUCUUCACAAUUAACAGGACCUAUCAAGAUCAUCCCAUGACUAAAGCAUUUCUGUUUUAUGGCACUGAUUUUAGUAUUAGCAGCUUACCACUUCCUCGGCUCUUAUCGCAUGAAUGGGCAUUAUUCCAUGAAGAAUCACCCAAAAAUAAUUUUAAGCUGUUCCAUGAAGCGGCAAUCACCUUAUUUAAUCAUACAGCAACAUUUAGUCAGAGAUCUCACCUUCCUCUAAUUACCCAGCAUCUUGAUAGUUUGGAAGCACUGAGUUCUACAAAGUAUGUAAUUCCACUGUCUCUGAAAAAUAGUCUGAGGCAAAAACUUGCUCCUGUAAUAUAUGUGCAGUCCGACUGCAAUCCUCCAUCAGACAGGGACAGUUACAUACGUGAACUCAUGAAGUACAUCAAGAUUGACUCUUACGGGGAGUGCUUGAGAAAUAAGGAGCUCCCACAGCAUCUCAAGGACCCAUCCAGUAUGGAUGAAAAUAGCUUUUUUAAGGUUCUUGCUCAGUACAAGUUUACCCUGGCCUUUGAGAAUGCAGUAUGUGAAGACUAUAUUACAGAGAAACUCUGGCGACCACUAAAACUUGGAGUUGUUCCAAUAUACUAUGGAUCACCGAAUAUUGAAGAAUGGUUGCCUAGUAACAAAAGUGCCAUCCUAGUACACAGAUUUUCACAUCCCAGAGAGCUUGCUAAAUAUAUCAAAGAACUGGACAGAAAUGACAAAGAAUAUGAGACUUACUUGGAAUGGAAACAGAGUGGCAACAUUUCAAACAAUAAACUGAUCACUGCUGUCAGAGAGCGUAACUGGAGUGUUCAAGAUAUUAUGCAAGAUAACUACAUUGAUGCGUUUGAAUGCAUGGUGUGUAACAGAGUAUCAGAGAAUAUAAGAAGAAAAGAGAAGGGUAUGGCUCCAAUAAGAUGGACUGCAGAGGCCAACCAUCUGAGAUGCCCACAGCCACAGGUUUUCAACUUCUCAUCAAAUGAUAUGCAGGAUACAUCUGUGCAUGAUAUCUGGAUUCCUUCAUACGAACAGUCUAAGAAAGAAGCCCGUGCUUUAAGACAGCUGGUAGAAAGAAAUAAAAACUUCACAUCUGAGGAUUUCUGGAAACUCGUAUUCCAGGAAGCAAUGUGAAUUACAAAAUUUGAUUAGCACAAAAAUAGUUCUUGUAGAACUUUGUAUAUGCUUACUACUUUAAUAAAGUAUGAAUUAUG